CGGCGGCUGUCAGCGCGACCGCGGCCUGGCCGAGCCGUGCCGAGCCGUGCCCGGCGCCUUGUUUACCCGCGGCGGCGGGGGGAAGAUGGCAGCCCCGGCCUCCCCGCGCCGCGGCAGCUCGGCCCCGCCGGGGGUGUCCCCGCCGCCCUCGUUCCUCCUGCGCCUCGCCUGCCGCCUGCCCGCCGCCCUCGCGCCUCCUACAGCUGCUCCUUUAACCGCCACCUGUUCCUAGCUGUUUAACAGAAGUGGAUUGUGAAUUUAAGCCUUUGAUAACCUCAGCCUAUCAGCAUUACAGUCUUCGGGAUAGAUAGUAGCUCUCAAAGCCUCUUCAGGGGAUGCACCAUGACAUCAGCUGUGAUUGACACUGGAGGCCCUGGCCUGGAGUUCGACAGCAAUGGAAUAAAAAAAGAGGAGGAAAAUGAGCCAGUCUCUGAAUUCCCAGCAGUGAUUGUGGAGCCAGUUCCUAGUGCCAGACUAGAACAGGGUUACGCUGCUCAGGUCCUGGUUUAUGAUGACGAGACUUAUCUGAUGCAAGAUGUAGCAGAGGAACAAGAAAUUGAGACUGAAACUGUGGAAACAGUGGAAGCAUCAGUUCAUGGAAGCAAUGUACACUGCACAGAUAAGACAAUUGAAGCCGCAGAGGCCUUGCUUCAUAUGGAGUCUCCUACCUGCCUGAGAGAUGCCAGGAGUCCUGUGGAAGUUUUUGUCCCUCCUUGUGUGUCAACCCCAGAAUUUAUCCAUGCAGCCAUGAGGCCUGAUGUAAUCACAGAAACUGUGGUGGAGGUAUCAACGGAGGAGUCUGAACCAAUGGAUGCGUCUCCUGUUCCAACAUCCCCUGAUAUCCAUGAACCAAUGAAAAAGAAAAAAGCUGGCCGUAAACCGAAGACCCAACAGUCGGCUAUUUCAGAUGGCUCUCCAGAUCUAGGUAUCAAGAAGAAGCCUAGAGAAGGCAAAGGUAAUACGACGUACUUAUGGGAGUUUCUCCUGGACCUUCUUCAGGACAAAAAUACUUGUCCUCGGUACAUUAAGUGGACUCAGCGAGAGAAGGGAAUCUUUAAGCUUGUGGACUCAAAAGCUGUCUCCAAACUAUGGGGAAAACACAAAAACAAACCUGACAUGAACUACGAGACUAUGGGGAGAGCUUUGAGGUAUUACUAUCAAAGAGGAAUCCUGGCAAAAGUUGAGGGACAGAGGCUUGUUUAUCAGUUUAAGGAGAUGCCAAAAAAUAUAGUUGUCAUAGAUGAUGACAAAAAUGAAUCCUGCAAUGAAGAUUUGUCAAUGCCUACAGAUGAAAAAUCAUUGGAGAGAGUGUCUUUAUCUGCAGAAAACCUUUUAAAAGCAGCAACCUCUGCACGUGGAGGAAAAAAUUCGUCUCAGUUAACCUGUACCAGAACAGAAAAAGCAGUCACCAGAGUUGUGAAUAUUGCCUCACCAGUGCAUGAUACAUCAUCAUCUCAUCCCUCAACUACCACUACUACUGUCCCAGCAACGACAGCUCCCAGGACUGUACGAGUGGCAAUGCAAGUGCCUGUUGUAAUGACCUCUCUGGGACAGAAAAUUUCAACUGUGGCAGUACAGUCAGUAAAUGCAGGGUCGCCGUUAAUAACCAACACGAGUCCAACAACAGCCACAACUCCAAAGGUAGUAAUCCAGACAAUCCCUACUGUGAUGCCAGCCUCUGCUGAAAACGGAGACAAAAUCACGAUGCAGCCUGCCAAAAUCAUUACAAUCCCCGCCACGCAACUCACACAGUGUCAGUUACAAACAAAAACGGGCCUGACAGGGUCAGGAAGUAUUAACAUCGUUGGAACCCCGCUGGCUGUGAGAGCACUAACCCCAGUGUCUAUAGCUCACGGGACGCCAGUAAUGAGACUAUCGGUGCCUGCUCAGCAGGCAUCCAGCCAGACUCCUCCCAGGGUCAUUAGCGCGGUUAUAAAAAAUCCAGAAGUUAAAUCAGACACAGCGGCUAUAAAACAGGAACGGGAAGUGAAAACGCUGCAGCUUGUACAAGAAGAGAAGCCAACAGACGGAAGCAAGACUGUAACCCACGUAGUAGUAGUUAGUACGCCCUCAGCUAUUGCCCUUCCUGUAACAGUGAAAACAGAAGGAAUCAUUACAUGCGAGAAAUGAAGAACAGGUUGCGUGGACUUCUAGACUGUUACUCUUUUGGUUAUACUGACAUAAAUGGGGGAGGGAAGUGGACGCGAUCACCAAGUUGACAAGGAGAGUUUUGAACUGUUAAAUAAACGUGCGUAUGUUGAAGACUUACUGGAAAAAAUAUAUAUAUUUUCCCGUGUUUCAGUGGGAAUUGAACCACAUUGCUAUGCUGACAGAAACUGCCUCUUCCAGUUGGGAAACGGCUGAACCUAUGGAGAAGGAAUGAUAGAGAGACUGAAAAGGGACCAAACAGUUCACUACGUUAUCAAGUUACACUAAGAGCUGGAACACUAAAAAAGAGCUGUGUGAGAGGUUUGCCUUGGUUUUUAGCUUUCAGGGGGAGAGGAAAGUCUCAUUGUUAAAAAUGGCAAAUUCGGUGCAUUUUAUAUGCAAACCAGCAAUCACUACUGUGUGCCCACAGUACUCAACUGGUGCUAUGUGAAAAACUCUGCUACUAGGUAUUGUAGAAUGUGAAAUAUAAGACGAGAUUUAAGAGCUUCUAAAAGAAGACAGAAACCUAGAGGGAUUUUUGUAUCAUAGCUUAAGCAGAUUUAAAACGAAAGCCUUAGACUGAUUUUCAGUUAUCUUUCUUGAAAUAAGCUAAUGGCUUGUUUGUGUAAAGCUUUUUUAUUAAAAACAAAUUUUUAAAGAAUCUUGUACCUAGCACAGUAUUGUUAUAGAAUUACAUGUAACAUAUUUUGUAUGGUAGUUAAAGUCUGUCUAAAUUUCUUAAUUGUGGACAAAAUGGCAGCAGGCUUUUGGCCUUUUGCUGUAAUAUGCCUGUGUCUCUCACUUAGCCUUGACAUCUGUGCAUACAUUUCAGUUUCAGCUCUACUCUGUCACUUGAAAGGUCACACCCAGCAUGAGCUUUUGUCAGGUAGUUCUAAACCUGUAAAUUUUUUUUAGUUAAAGAGGGAAGUACCAGUGUUCAGAAUGAACUAUAAUAGUUUGUAUAUUCAACAUUUGAAGUAUAUUCUAUUUUGUUGUACUCUUGUUUCAAAGUGUAUUCAAGUAGGUUUUAAUGAAAUAUAGACAUGAAAUU